GGACACUACCGGAAAAGAAGUGAGGAAGCAGCCAGGCUACCUCCAGCCUAUAGGAGGUGUCGUGUACCUGUCACUACCGUUCUUCAAUAAACAGUCACAAGAUACCGCUGGUCCAGGAAGCGGAUGCUGACUUACGUCCUCCUUGGUUCCAUCUUCCAGUUCAGCUGAGCAUCAACUGCUUGUGUGUGCAAGCUGAUAGUGUGUGAACCUGACUGUACCUGUUGAUUGUGUGCGUGCGUGCGUGCGUGUGUGUGCGCGUGUGUGUGCGUGUAAUUUCAUUCUGGUCCUAUGUGAGUCUGUAAGGUAGUGUAUGUCAGUGUGUAUGUCUGUCUCAUUCCCUCCCAGCCCAUCAUGUCCCUGUAUACCUCUGUGCUCCAGCUGAGUCCAUCAGUGUGUCUUCACCUUCUCUACCUGCUGAUGCUCCUCACUGAUUCCUGCUCCACGGCAUCUAAAAAGGAAAGAACUCUUCUGGACAGUCCCCUAAACCAACUUAACACAACACAAGCUGACUGCUUCACUGGAUGUGCUAAUGAUUCUGUCAGUAAAAAUGCAACAGCUGAGGAUUUCUCCAAGACCAGUACAAGAGUUAUGGCAACAAACUCACCACAGAAGAAUUUGUCCUCUAUCUCAGACCUUAGUAACAUUAGUCCAAUACUCAACCAGUCUUCAGUUCCUGUCAUAAUGACCAACUCCACUGUUGUGGACAAGGAUAAUAAAAGUUCUGUUUUGAAAGGGAACACAGAGAGCACCCAGCUGAUUCAGCCCUCCACCAGCUCAUCUUUACCCAUCAACGCCACCACUGUGAGCUACAAAUCCAUUCACCCUGUUACGUCUGUUGUCCCGCCUAAACAAACAGCAGGAGAACUCCAUUCAUCCACUACCUCACCAUCCAGCCAUCAGCCUCUAUCACCAGAGACGACCACUUCACCUGAAUCUGCUCUGCUUUUUACCACCAUAGGCUCACCCACUCAGUCUACAAAUUCUGGCUCCAUUACCAGCACUGGUAGAGCUACAGCUACUACUGCAGAGACUGUUGGGAAAACAAACACUGUAGCAGGUACUUCUACAACCACAACAACAAAGUCUACAACAACAACACAGUCUACAACAACAACAAUCGAAACUACAGCAACAGAUCUACCAACAACAGAAGCCUCACACCCUCCAACAACGGUUAACACAAUUAUUAUCACAACCACAUCUACAAAAGUGUCGCCAUCAUCAUUAGCUCACACGCCAAAGCUAAGUACUGCAAUGCCAUCAAUUCAAAAGACUUCUUUAACCACUGGGACGGCUAGCGUAACUGCUGCCAGGGCCAUUACUUCUGCCAGUCACAACAAGCCUUUUGCCUCCUCAACGAAGGUUGCUGUGGUAGAGGUUGCAGGGGCUCCUCUGACCAGGCAGUUGGUGGAUACCGCAUCUUUAUUGGCUGUCCUGCUUUUUGGCAUGCUCUUCUUCUUGGUCUCGGUAGCAGUGUUUGCCACACAGGCCUAUGAGAGCUACAGGAGGAAGGACUACACACAGGUCGACUAUCUGAUCAAUGGCAUGUACACAGACUCAGGGGUGUGAGAGGAAGUGGCUAAGCACAACUCACGGAGCUUGCUUUUGCACUUGGAAUCAGAGACUCUAGAAUGGAAGAUAAAUCGAACGGUAAGACUGACCAAUGGCCCACCAAACUGACCCCAAAACACGCUGAUUUGUUUCUGUUGUAACAGUUCCACUUGAUGCUGUUCUUUCCUGCUUCCUUCUUUGAAGAUUUGAAUGUAAAGGGGUCAGUCUCUCCCAUUUUUGCCAAACAUUACGCAACAUGAUAAGUAAGUGAGCACAUGCGGAGUCUGGUUUUCGCUAUUCACCCAUGAUGUAAUUUUUCUUCACAUUGUUGGUUGGUUCCAGCGUAGCAGGACCAAUCAGGAUGCUUCCACAACUCAGCAGGUGUUCUAUUCAGCAAACCUUUCUUAGUUUGUUGUCAUGCUCAAAACAUUAUUAAACAGUCAUUUUUUUCCCUCUUAAAGAUGAAUGUCACGGCUGUCACUUUUUCAAAAAAGUUGAAUUUGAAGAAACUAACACGUAAUUCAUUUCAGUUCAUUUGAAUGCCAUCCCAUACAACGUAAUGCAAUUUUUCCUCACAUUCAAACGUGUUGGAAUUUUGAAUUAGUGACAGCCCACCUGCGGACCAAAGUAUAUUUGUGAGUGUUAUGUACAAGAUUCAGAUUUUGUGGUGAUUACCUCGUUACUUUUUUUUUUUUUCCCCCAUAAAAAGACAUUUAACAUAAACCCUAAUGGCCUACACUUGUAGCUUUACACUUGUGACCAUUUCUACAUGGGAAAUGAAAUCUUGAUAAGUUACUUGAAAUUUAGUUUUGCACAUUUUAAUAAUUGUGUUAAAUGUAGUGAAAAACAGAACAUCGUUAAUUGCAGUGAACAUCAAUUUGAUCAGUUUACCCAUUCUAUAUAUAAUUGUGUAAGCAUUGCCCAGCAUGUGUUUCCAUUUCCUCCUCUGUCAGAUAUUUCACUGUUCCUGCAUUGUCAGUCGUUCUGAUGAUGCGAAAUUUGUCAUUUUGUCUUAAUGUCCAACCACAAACCCAGACUCACUGUUGUUUGUGAAAGUGAUCAUAGCUCGGUCAGUUCCUCUGAAGUUUAGCAAGGUUGACACUAAGCUUGGGCGAAUUCUGUGAAGUUUUGUUGUGAAACCAGCUGAUUUUGGCUUGGUGCAUUCAUUGUGGUCAAAUGAGAAACCUGAGAAGUCUGCUCACUUCUAGUUUGACCUCAGAUGCUGGUUUGCUUACAGUCUGAGGAUGUACUUUGGUGGAUAAAGCAAAUUAUAACUCAUAGAAAAGAUGGCUAAAACUACAAAAAUAUGAUGCAAGUUGGAUUACGUUGUGAGAGCUAAACAAUCAUUUAAAUGCAACUGUCCUAUGAAAUGCCAGUCUAGUCAGUAGCGGUAGGGCGUUAUGUUAAAUAUCUGACCAGAGUGGACAGCUAAAACGGAACCAGCCCGUUCUGUACUUUAUUCAAACUGAAACUUCAAUCACCCAUCAAUGUGUUGGAUCUUUCUCAGAAAGACAUUUGAAUGUUUAACACAGGUACUUCUGCCAGCUAGGUACAGUGAGAAGUUUCCCCAGUGGCCUUGUGUGUUGAAGCAUCAGGGCCAAAGUUCUUUCAGUGCCAUGUCCAUUUCAUGUCCAUGUUGUGCAAGUUCAUACCCACAUGAACUGACUACAAAUGGCAUAGUGUCAACAUUUCUUUUGAUGCUUUUGUUUACCAAAUUUUGUUUUUCAGUGCUGUACAAGGCAAAUUCUGAAAUUUUGGGAAAUAGAUUUGUUGUAAAACCCAUAGUUAGACUGCGCUAGAAAAUACUAGUUCAUCAAGUUCAUGAUUCAGGAUGUUUUUGGUUUAGCAAAUAUCAGACCAACUUAGCUGUGGUUUAGAAUGAGCUGGGCUAAACCUGGUUUGCAGAUUUAAGGUAAACCUUGGAUACAGUGAUGACUUGUGGCUUUUACGUGGUCUCCACAGGUCACAGAAACUAGCUUUGGCUACUAAAAAAGUGAAGAAAUGUCUCAAAUUGGGAUCUCCUAGUGGUUUAGGGGUUUGAAUCAUUUCAGUCAACACAAUGCCUGCUGGAGUAUUUUUUCACAUUUACCGUAGCUCGGCUACCACUUUCCCCUGCUCCCAGUCUUUGCACUAAGCUAGUCUAAACACAUGCUAGGCUCUUACCAGAAAUCUCUUUAUAAUUUCAAAUGAAAAAAAAUAAGCACAUCUUUGCAUUUCACUGUGGUUUAAAAGCAAAUAAGAUUUAGAAAAAGAUGGAUGCAUUUUUCUUAAUCUUACCAUUUCACUUUAAUACUUAAAUGACAUUCCAUUAGCUUUCUUUAAUGCUGGUGAUUUUUUUGUGUUUAUUUACACUUUUCAUUGUCUUCCAGUGAGUUAUGGGAACAAGGCCAUGCUAGAUUGUUUAUUUCAUUACAUUUUAUAUUUUUGCUUAUGGUGAAUGUAUGUUUUUCAACACUUAGCUACUUUGAAUAUAUUAAGUGGUAUUUCCUUCUGUAAUGAUCCACUCUCACAUCUAUGUUAUAUACAUUUCACACAGAUUCUUCAUUUACCUUCAUGUGUACAUCACUGUAUAAGUUACCAUGUUAAGAUGAUUGUGAAUUUUAAGCCAUUCAUUAACUUACUUGCAGUACAUUUUUGAGAUACCUUCUCAUUCCUGGAAACAUACACUUUGCAUUCAGCAAAGAAAAAUCUUACCCUAGUUCCAGUGCCAAAUUGUUCUGUGUUUAUCCCAUAAGGAACGAGAACACGAGACAAAUCCUUGAAGUCAGUAUCCAUGAGAUAGACUUUUGGGCAGAUUGUACUUUUUUUUUUUUUCUUCUGAGGGUUUUUGUGUUUCAUGGAAGUUUGCUAAAUGGUCACUGUAGCAUGUUAUUGUAUGACAAGGAAAACAUCAAGCCAUUAUCAUUUGGGGCCUAGGGAAAGGUCAACAGGACUGUAUUCCACAGCAGGAAAAGAGCAUUUAUCGUUGAAUCUGAAAAGGCAAAAAGAAGAUAUUUUCAAAUUGAGAUGAAAUGUUUCUAACCUAUUGUGUAUUCCUGCAGGAUGUAAAAUACAUUUGAACUUGCCAGUUGUCUGUAAAAUGUUCAUGUGUUAAAGGUUGAUGUCAUGCCUAACUGAUUUGUCAUUCAGUAUUUUUGAAGGAGAAAAUCCUCUAAAAGAGUACUUGAAAAAUAUCUGGUUUUACAAAUGUGCUAAAUGUUCAGAUUGUUUACAAAGAACACAGGAGAUUGGAAUGGUGACUUAAUAUUUUAUACUUUUUUAAAAAAAAAUUGUUUACUCAAGAAAACAACCUCUUCAAUGAACAGCAGGCCUUUAUCCCAUCACCGUGAGAAAAUGAGAUCCUUGUCUUGUUGAGGUUAGAAAACUAGAUCACCAAUGAUUGGAAAACAAGACUAAAAUAAGGCCUGAUUUCUGUGAAUUUAAAAAAAGUAUCUCUUUCCAUUUAUCUUGAACAAAUAGCAUUUGAUUUAGUUGUCCUUUGUGUCUUUUAUAUACAGGGAAAAUAAGGUAUUGGUCCCAUUAUUCUCAACAAAAUGUUAAUCUGCUUGGUUGUUAAUAAUUAAAUAACAAAAUAACUCAUUAAAUGUAACCAUGGCCACUGUCAGCUUCCUGACAGAAGUGGAAUAUUUCUAUGUUUACUUGUUUUCUCGCCAUCACAAACUGUCUCCAAAUUGAUGGAUGUUACCAUUCAACACUGGGAUAUUGGGUAAGCAUAUGAUGUCUUUUCACUAAUGAUCACUAGAAGGGUUAUAUUAAGGUUACAACAACUAUUCAUUGGCCAUUAGAAACAAAACUUUCUUGAGCGUUCUGUUAUUGAGGUAAUGUCUUCAGGGAUGACACAAAUUGCUCUUGUGGCAGGUAAAAUGUAGUGUAUGCCGUAUUAAAAUGUCUUGGAUGAUGUCAUGUCACUGUGUCCAGUAAGUCAAUGAGGCAUUUUCUAAUGAUGUUGGGUUUUGGAUGUCAAUAAUGCUAGUUUUCAGAAUCCUGGAAACAACACUGGUGAACUGUGUUAAGGAUGGAUUUGUGUUUUCAAUGACUGAUGUGCAGGAGAUGACACCUGCCAUGUGCCAAAUGAAUAUUGUACUAAUGCACUUUGAACAGAUAUUUUUACUUUGCAGAAAAUAAAAAUAAAAAACAAUAUCCAAAUGUA